AUGAACACUCCAAUAACAGAUGGGUCAGUUGGACAGGCUCAAGUUGGAAUUUCCACGCUUGCUACUGUAAUUGCAAGUUGGUUCAUUCCGGAAGAAUUUCGUGCAGACGCAGUUGACAAAGUGAAAAUAUUAAUAGCAGCUGCAACUGAAGGCUCGUAUAUAGCCCAAGCAUUUACGUUUAACACUCAAUCAGGCGCCUUAUUAACAACACUAUUGAUUGUUGCAAGAAAAAUGGAUUCACCAACCAAUUCAAAUUUAUCAGUGGCAACGACCUAUGUUACAAUUAAAACAAAGGCAGAAAUCAAAAAAUUAUAUACAGUAUAUUAUACCGACAGAUGUUUCCGAUGCCUUGACUGUGUAUGUGUUUCGGAAUGUUGUUGCAAACGCGAUCGAGAAAAUUAUGCCGAGCGAGGUCUUACACCGGAAGAACUCAACAUAGUCAAGCAAAAAAUGUCAUUCGAUCAAUUUAAGUGGUUCAAUGAACGAACAUUGAGCAGUCUGGUGAAACGUUCUCUGCCAGUUAGUGAUGGGGAUAGCAAUCAUGGUACUAGUUUAACUGAAGCUAUCAAAAAUUAUCUUUCAAACAAUAAUGUGAAAGCUGAAGUAUUGACAUCAUACAAUGAUUCAAUUUUAACAGCAUUACAAUCCAAUAUCACAUCACUGAAACUUUCAAGCCAAGCUUUGAAAUUAACAGAAGUUGAAUAUCAAAAUGUUGGUAAAGUAUUAACAGAACUAGUCGAUUACUACGAUUUCAACGAUAUUUCUAAUUCACAACAAUUGCAAUCAUCACGAUUCUCAUACGAAAAACUAUUUACAUCUCGAAAUGAUAACGAAGAUACGACACGUGUCACGAUCAAAUAUAUCUGGAUACUCGGCCAAAAUAAUCAAAAUUCUACAUAUACAAUCAAUCUUCUUUUCUUAAAUAUCACUUCGCGAGCACUAAUCGACACAUUGUUAUAUAAUAAUAGAAGCAGCAACGAUGAUAGUAGUAAAAAGUUGGACAUCGUACGUACAUCAAUAUUAACGGAUGAUGGUCAAUUUUUGCCUGAACAUUUAUCAACGUUCAUUACACCGUGGGAAAUGAAAACGACAAACAUUGCAUUAAAUAUUUUACGUUUCAUAUGUGCGACAGUCUUUGUUCCACAAAAACAUCGAAUGUUAUCUUACUUCAAUCCUAGAGUAAUUUCACCGAAAAGCGAUAUAUAA